CGACUGAUCCGGAAGUGGUUGUAGUAAGUGGAGGGGACGCGGUAACGGGGUUUUGUUUGCUCGCCUCGCUGCACGAUUCUGUAAUAUUACGCAUUUUAUUUUAGUUUUUUUAAAAGACUGAAACGUUUUUGUUUUUUUUUGGUGUUCGUCUUUGUUGCAAAGCAGAAAGAGCGGCCGCGAUGUUUUACCAUAUUUCUCUGGAGCACGAGAUCUUGCUUCACCCGCGGUACUUCGGUCCGAACCUCCUGAACACCGUGAAGCAGAAACUCUUCACCGAGGUGGAGGGAACCUGCACGGGGAAGUACGGGUUUGUAAUUGCGGUCACCACCAUUGAUAAUAUCGGCGCGGGGGUGAUCCAGCCCAGCAGAGGCUUCGUUCUCUACCCGGUCAAGUACAAGGCCAUCGUGUUCCGGCCCUUCAAGGGAGAGGUGGUCGACGCCGUGGUCACUCAGGUCAACAAGGUCGGGCUCUUCACUGAGAUUGGCCCCAUGUCCUGCUUCAUCUCCAGACACUCGAUCCCCUCCGAGAUGGAGUUCGACCCCAACUCCAACCCCCCCUGCUACAAGACCACCGACGAGGACAUUGUGAUUCAGCAAGAUGAUGAGAUUCGAUUGAAGAUUGUCGGGACGAGAGUCGACAAGAACGACAUUUUUGCUAUCGGCUCCCUGAUGGAUGACUAUCUGGGUCUGGUUAGUUAGCGUGUGCGUGUGCGUGUGCGUGUGCGUGCCUGGAGGAGAGGAGCCUGCUGUCUCAACGGAUCUUUCUUUAAAAUGUUUCUCAGAAACGACAGUCGACGCGUCAAGUUAUUAUUAUUAUUAUUAUUAUUAUUGUAUAUUUUUUUAAAUAAUAAAAAAGUGAAAAUAAUAACAACGAUGGUGUUUUCUUUCAGUGUAAUAAAAUCGUUUUGACCUCCCACA